GUAAAUUUGAAAGUGGUAUUUUUUUCAGGGAGUUGUCGAAUUAGAUCAGUAACCAAACAUACACCACCGAUGUUUGCAAACCGGAUGAGUGUGGUCGGCGUCCACCGUAUAGCACCUUCUCUACUUCCGCUUUCUCCCCAUACUCCACGCGCGUCCUCCGGUGUCUCCUCUCUCAGCAUCGCCGCCAAUCAAUCCGUAGUCCACCGUAUCCACCGCCUGGUUACCUACUUUAGUCAAAGUGCUUCCCACCAUAAACGACCUGAUGAUGCUGAAGCUGAAGCUUCCGUUGGUGAAGGAGAAACGUUGGAUAAGAAUGUGACACGCAGGAAGAACCCCUUCGUUUCAGAAGAGCUUCUCAUGAAAUUGAAGAGAUAUGGAUUAUCUGGAGUAUUGUCAUAUGGUUUACUUAAUACAGUCUAUUACAGCACAGCUUUCCUGUUGGUGUGGUUUUAUGUCGCCCCAGCACCUGGGAAAAUGGGUUAUCUCGCUGCAGCUGAGAGAUUCGUUAAAGUGAUGGCCAUGGUCUGGGCUGGAAGCCAAGUUACUAAGCUCGUCAGAAUAGGAGGGGCAGUGGCACUUGCACCUAUUGUUGAUAGAGGAUUGUCUUGGUUUACAGUUAAAUACAAGUUUGAAAGUCAGGGAAAAGCUUUCGGCGCAAUUGUUGGGAUAUGUCUUGGUCUGGCUUUGAUGCUGUUUCUUGUUGUGACACUGCUCUGGGCUUAGCACAGAGUAAAAGCUGAAUUUGGAAGUUUUUGCUUUUACAACAAUUUUGGUUUCGGUUACAACUUACAACAGUGUGUACUCGAGAGGGCAUUGUGGACAUGAUCUGAUGUUCUGUUUUUUUUUUUUUUGUAAGAAUGAUACGAUUUUGUAAACUCAAAUAAUUAAGAAAAUAGUUCAAAA